CCGGAGCUGGAGCUCAGAGGGCUGCGUCUAAUAAAAGGGGCUGCCAGCAGGGAGGGGGACUUCCAGCUGCUGCUUCCACUGCUCUGUUGGGAUCAUGGAAAUUCCCCUGCUGUGUAUGCUGGCGGUGUUUGCUGGUGUGAUUCCAGCCCAGAGCAGCAUCCUGAACCUGAACAAGAUGGUCAAACAAGUGACCGGGAAGAUAGCCGUCUUCUCCUACUGGCCUUACGGCUGUCACUGCGGACUUGGUGGCAGAGGCCAGCCCAAAGAUGCCACAGACUGGUGCUGCCAUGCCCAUGACUGCUGCUACCAUCACCUGAAGUACCACAAAUGCCAUACCCACUGGGACCACUACAGCUACACCUUUUCCCAGGGGAACGUCCAGUGCUCUGACAAGGGGGGCUGGUGUGAGCAGCAGCUGUGCGCCUGUGACAAGGAGGUGGCCUCCUGCCUGCGGCGGAACCUGGACACCUAUAAGAAGCACCUGCGUUACUACUGGCGGCCCCGCUGCAAGGGCCAGACCCCCAAGUGCUAGCAAAGCCCAGUCUGCGGUGCCGCGCCCCCUGCCCUGUUCCUCCUCGGCAUCUUUAGUUCUGUAAGUCCAGCAAGGUUGCUAGCACCCCUACCCUCGGAUCUAACCCCUGAACCAGCCUGGAUCCUUUAAAACACUCCCAGGAAGAAGGACGGUCUUGGCUCCCCCCCUCCCCCCCACCCCUCAACUUGCCUCUUGGACCUUCUAAAUCUUCCCAGUCAAGGCAGCAGCUGUCUCCUCUGAGGGUGGAUGGGGAUCUUAGGAAAGGCCAAGUCCAGGAGCCCCCAGGGAUGGUGCCAAAGCAGCAGGUGCUGGGGAGGGUGGGGUCUGGGGGCCAAUGUGUCACAGGCUGUCUCUCCACUGCUACUCACCAGGACCCCCUACCCAGGGUCCCAUCCCUCCAAUACACUAUCCUAGCUGCAGCCCACCUGGCCUCUCUGAAGGGUGAUAUUGAUCUUUCUGCCCACAUGAUCCUACUUCUUAAAACCCCAAGGCCCUGCACGGCCCAGGAUGGGGCUUCUCGCAGGAGUCUGGUGCCUUCACUGGCUGGCGCUGAGUCCCUCUCCCGCAACUGGGCUUGAAGGUCCUUGUGGGUGGGGCCCAUGUCUGUCUUGGACUCAUUUGCAUCUCUGGUGCCCAAAACAGUGCCUGGAACUCAGAAGGGGCUUGGCAAAUACAUCUCGAGGGAAGGGCUGAAGGAAGACGCUCACUUCCAUUGCUUCGGUCACCAGGUCCCCAGGCACAGACUACAUGUUCUCCAAUCACUCUUUCCUCUCCUGCUGCCUGGCAUUUGCUGGCUGGACUUCUGCAGAAUGUUCCACUGGCCUGCUGUCUCUAGGUGGCUAAGCCUGUGGCUAAGCCCGCCCCAGGCCCCUCAGGUCCAAGGGCUCCCCCAGUCCUUUAUGGGUCUGUGAUUGCCAAGCUCUAGCUUGAGUGGCGUGCAAUUGCCUGGACUUCUCUGACCUUCUGCAACUAGGCUGGAGCUCCUGGAGGAAGGAUGGAGGCCGGGUCAGUCUCAUCUUUGCUUCCUCUGUUCCCCCACAGAAUAGGUGCUCAGUCAAAGCUUUUGGGUCCAAGGAUCCCAUAAUGGAGAGAUGGAGGUGGUGGCAGGUGAUGUUGGUGUCCCACCCAGACCCCUCCUGGCCCAGUCUUUCAACCCCCAGCUAAGCCAGGUGCUGGCUGCCAAGUGCUCACAUCUGCAUCUUCUCUUGAGGGUUGCCCUUGACUUCGGGGAGCUCCUGUGCCCAUCGCCCACCCCACCCCACUCUGCACAUCUCUAACUGAUGAAUAGGAAGAACAACACCACGGAGGGCAUAACUGCCUCCCCCGCCCAUCCCAUGCAGGACCAUUUGGUGGUACACUUCGUGCCCCAGAGCUCCUCGAGGGAUCAGGUAGUUGUCUGGAACCACCUCUCUGCUUGCUUUGUCCCCUGGCCUGGCCUGUUCUCCUUGUUCCUGUACAGGUUUCUCCCAAGAGCACUCCCUCCAUCAAUCAUUCCCUUGCCCAAGAAUCCCCACCUCAGGCUUGGCUUCUAGGGAAACUGCCUUUAGAUGGAUGGAUGGAUGGGUAACAAUUUCAUAUAAGGAGCCCCAAUCUGUCAUUCAUCUGUGAUUAGCCAUGUUUCCAGCUACAGGGCUGGGGAACCGGGAGCCACCCUCACCCUCCAGCCCAUGACACGCAUAUGUGAAACAGCCAGCUGAGUGGUUUUCCUUCCUUGUGAAGUUCAGUGGCUCAUGCCAGGCAAUGUAAUAGGAAUUAAGAACUAUGGGCAUUGGGUUCAAAUUCCAGUUAUGCCACUGACCAGCCAUGUGACCUUAUAUGAGAAAUCUGUUUUCUCUUGUGUGAUGUUUAGAUGGAAAUAAGAAGAACAUAUGUAUUAAGAACUUCAUGUAUUAAGAUUAAUGAGUAUUAUGCUCCUAACACAGUGCCUGGCACAUGGUACUCCCUCUUU